CAUGUUUGUUGUUGUCAGUCUAGUGAGCUUUGUUUACCAGGUUACUGAGGCGCCUCUAUCACCCUCUUAUAUCCUCACUCUGCUCACCUACUAGUGUUUCUGCUCAGCAGAAAGUUGAGAGAGGGUGAGGGAGUGUGUGAAGCAGCAGGUGGAGCCUAGUAGUGACUCACAUGUUAGCUAGUUAACCUGCUGGAGUCAUCAGCGGCAGGUGUCCUGCUGACACACUCGAAAGUCACAAUUAAGGGGUAAAUCCCCCCCCUAGUGACGUGAACCUGCUGCUGGGGGUCAACCUACUUAAUUACCCCCUCGAGGUUAACCCCCUGACAACCCCCAAUUAAGGGGAAACCCCAUAGUACCCACCGUACCCCAUAGUACCCACCGUACCCCAUAGCUGCUGCUGCUACGUCAGCAGUCAGUGAUGUAGUAAUGGUGGGAGCAGCGACCACCGACCCCAUACAGAUACAAUGAUCUACCGGAGAAAUGUGUUCUGAGUGCAGCACGAUAUAAGUGGAAAAAAGUGCGACCACGUACGUUGUGUAUGAGAGUGCGGAGGGGAGUCGAACCCAGGGAGAGAUUGUUGCAAGUGUUGGGCUGAUGGUCAGCUCAGACCUGAGGAUCUAGAGCUCACAAGCCCAGGGUCACUUUCUCCGCCACUCUGGACCUGUCGCAGGACAACAUGGAUGCCAGUAAAACACUGGGCAUGACAUCAGCAAUCAGCCUGGCCAAACCCAAGCCUUCCGAUUUAGAACACACAAAGGAACUGGAAGAAUACCUUCGAGAUGCAGGAAUGUUUGAGACUGAUGCAGAGUUGAAUCACAGAUUUGAGGUGUUGGGCAAGUUGAAUACGUUGGUGACACAGUGGAUACGAGAUGUAAGCAUCAACGUUAAGAAUAUGCCUCCUCAGAUUGCAGAUACAGUUGGUGGAAAGAUUUGUACAUUUGGAUCUUACCGACUUGGAGUGGCUGGCAAAGGUGCGGAUAUUGACGCUUUGUGUGUUGCUCCAAGACACAUUGAACGAAGUGACUAUUUUGGUAGCUUUUAUGACCUCUUGAAGGAUCAGCCAGAAGUAACAGAGAUGCGUGCCGUAGAAGAAGCAUUUGUACCUGUCAUUAAAAUGAAAUACGAGGGAAUAGAGAUUGAUCUUCUGUUCGCUCGGUUAGCGUUAAAGGAGGUACCUGACUCUGUAGACCUAAAGGAUGACACUAUUCUAAAAAACCUGGAUGAGAAGUGCGUGCGAAGUCUUAAUGGGUGUCGCGUGACUGAUGAAAUUUUACGCCAAGUGCCAAACAGAGAAAGUUUUCGUUUGGCUUUAAGGGCAAUAAAGUUAUGGGCUAAACGUCAUGGUGUAUACAGUAACGUCUUUGGAUAUCUUGGUGGAGUUUCAUGGGCUAUGCUGGUCGCACGCACAUGUCAGCUGUACCCUAAUGCUACAGCGUCGACACUCGUGGAAAAAUUCUUCCUCGUGUUUUCAAAAUGGACGUGGCCAGCACCGGUAUACCUCAAACAACCUUACGAUGCCAAGCUUGGUUUUAAGGUGUGGGAUCCUCGAGUGAAUGUCCAAGAUAGAUUUCAUUUAAUGCCCAUCAUCACACCUGCAUAUCCCCAGCAGAACUCAACUUUCAAUACCUCUCAGUCAACAAGAGCAGUUAUGGUUGAGGAAUUUAAAGCAGGUUUACAGAUAACAGAAGACAUCAUGCUGGCUAAAGCCACCUGGGAUAAACUCUUCCAGCCUCCAAACUUUUUUACUAAAUACAAACACUACCUUGUGGUGAUCGCUGUUGCUCGAACCCCAGAGGAUCACCUAGAAUGGUAUGGCCUUGUAGAGUCAAAAAUUAGACACCUAAUCGCCACCUUAGAGCACAAUGUUGCAAUAAAAACUGUUCACAUUAACCCUGCAACGUUUAAUUGUCGCGACAACGAAUAUGUGGACAAACCCCACUCAUCUUGGUUCCUAGGAGUUGACUUCAAUAAAUCAGAGAAUGUAAACAUAGAUCUCACCAAUGACAUCAAUAAGUUUGUUGAAGUAGUGUACAAGCAAAGUACCUACAACAAGGCUUAUAAGGAGGGAAUGGAGGUGAACUGCAAGUACGUCAAACGGAAACAGUUGACCAACUAUCUAUCACAAGAUAUAUUAGACAAAUACAAGUCCAAAAUCGAGGAAGGAGGGCAACCACGACCAAUAGGACAGAAGCGUAAGUCUGACCCUUUACCCCCAGACUCUCCAAGUCGAAACAGUCCAGAGUCUAAUAAAAAGCUCAAGAUAGACUCAGAAACUCUUCCAACUCAGGCAACCUUAAAUGGUGAUGACUCCAUUAUCUCCAUGGAUGAGGCCUUCUCAAAUACAUCAAUACCUGGCCUUGCCCCAGAAAUAAAUGCCACACAGAGGUGCAACUGCAGAUAGUAGCAGUGACAAAUGGUACAAAGCCAUUAAGUGGGGGAUAAGACCCAUUUGCAGAGACAUGUUCGCCUGUGAAAUGGUCUUCUUCAGAAGCCUAUUCCCCUUUGCAGUUGUUCUUUCACCACUGCAGGCAACAGUAUGCCAAAGGCACCUUCCAGACUGCCUUCUUGUUAGUGAAUGCUUUCUGGAGUCAUCCCACUAAUUCUUCAAGUUCUGGAUGACGGACACUAAGUAAUGUGCCGUGAAUCCUGCAUCUUUUGGGAGGCUUUCAUUCAUGUACCGUGUAUAUGCAAGCUGCUGAUACACGAGCCUGGUUUGAGAAUCACAGGAAUAGACUUUCCAGUCCAUUAACACAACUACUCUCUGAUAAGGGACUUUGCAAAUACAGAACUUCCCAGUAAUGAGAAAACCCAGAACUUCGCAGUACCGAGAAAAUCCAGAACUUCGCAGUACCGAGAAAAUACGGAACUUCCUAGUACCGAGAAAAUACAGAGCUUCUUAGCACUGGAAGAUCCCAGUAUUGUGUUCUUGGAAAUCUCCAGUGUACCACCCGUGUUCCCUACUUUACAUGACUGAACAAACACUAAUGUUACAUUAGUACAAAAAUUAGUAGCUGCAGUUCAUUGUUCUUAUUUUUAAGAGACCAUUCAUGUAAAAAGACAAUAAGUUUACAUAUGCAUGAAAAAUGUUAAAUAUAAUCUAAUUGAUAUAGAUUUAGAUUUUUGUACCUAAAGAUGAAGUGAAAUUAGACAGUUUAUUGAACCAUGUUCCAGUAUGUAAAGCACUUGUUUAUCAAAUAGUGUAUAGUAAUAUGCACAUAAUUAGAAGAUAAUAUAAGUUAUACUAGGAAGCAGCCUGUGAGCAUCUAGACAGUUUCUACUCAGAUGUUAUAGUAUUGUGUUAAUUUGUUUCGGUUUGACAGUUGCAUAAUUGACUCCCACUUUGUAGUAGAUUGGAUUGAAUAUGGUUGAACUGGAUGUAAAUAGCUUGAAAUAAAUAAGUUAAAAAGGAAAUGGAUGCCAUGAUUCCCUCCUCCCUCAUUGCUUUGAUGCUCUGUUUGAAGAAUACAAAAUAUAGGAACACUGCAGCAGACCUUCUGGCCCAUAAAACAUUGCAGUAGGCCUACAGGCCCAUAUUAGGCAGGUCAUUGUUAACACCUGUCUUAAACACAACUAGUAAACACCUGAAAUUAAUAAAUAGCAUCAAAUUUUU